GCUAAACUUCAACGUCUUCCUCACAUUAAACGCAGAUCCUGUUCAAGCUGCGCUGAAAUAGUGAAUUUUUUAGAAUCUCUCUGAAAUCAGGAACGAGUUACUGCGAGCAGUGUCGCCGAUUCUUCCGGAAAAUACCGACGACGCGUGGGAACAAGCAAUUGUUGUACAGCCAACACGACGGCCCCCAACGACGAUAGCACCAACCACAGUAGCGCCAUCACUGAGGACAACGACCCCGAUUUUGUUGAGUCGGAUAUCAUCAAUGACCAAUGCUGACGCAGCGAAACGAGCCAGGAUACAGGCUAGAUGGAGGAAGCUUGGCCCACUGGUGAAAUCAGUGCAGUAUCCCUAUAUUCGGCGGAAUUUGCAUCGUAUUGUUAUUGCGGAUAGCGAUUCAGUCCGUAUCUCCGACACGGUACGUCGUAUAGUCGAACAACGAUUACGAAAAGCAGCUGCCCAAAAAACCAGUGCACAUGAUGCCACCACUGGGCCAAGAGCACAUGCAGGCGGAACAUUGCUUUCAAGUGAUGAAGGAAUGCAGCAAAGGUUAGCAAGUAAAGUGGCCGAAUGGCAACGAGCCGAGGAAGCGGAACAGCUGAGCACCUCAAAUACCGGUACCAAAACCAUAAGCAGUGCACCAGAAACCACAGUUGUUCAGGAAUUCUCUAAUGGUACUAGUCCUACAAUAGCUGCAUCCACUGCUGCUUCGUUUACCGCUACCUCAGAGCCUGCCGAAACUACGUCCACCACAUCGUCUUCUUCGUCACCGACGUCCAGCCCAGGAAAACUGAUACCGUUCUCAUUCAGUACGCCAUCGUAUGAUUAUCAUUUCCGAAAGAUUACGCCGGCAAGGAAAUUUAAAUUCACACAAAAAUUAAGGCGGCAGCCUCGAUUAAGGAUACGAAAACCGGGUCCGAUUUUUGAGCUUAUAUACUUUGCGUAUCAACUAUCUUAA